AUGCCAGCAGAUGUAGGAACUCAGCUAAUACAACAACAUUUGAGCAACUUCGGACUUAGCCUCGAAGACAUAGUUGCUUUCACAACAGACGGAGCCAGCGUAAUGGUUAAAAUGGGCAAAAAUUUUGACGGCCACCAUCAAUUGUGUUUCGCCCACGGCAUACAACUUGCGGUUCUCGAUGUGCUAUAUAAGUCAAAGAACCAGUCAACGCCCAAUCCCAACCCAGAGCAACAAGAUAAAGAACUGGAUUACGACUCUGAAGGUUCUGAAGAAAACUAUGGAGGAUUUGAUAUCGAAGUACCAAGAAUUCCAAAAUCUGAAUUUCUGUACAAAGAUACUAUAAAAAAGUACGAGAUUUGGUUAAAUCUUUUAAAAAGUCACCCUUGA